UGAAAUAAAAAAGGCAUAAUCAACCUAAAGAUAGAUCUGAACUCAAUUCCUGCAAGGUUCCAUUCACCAAGAAGAAGAUGAAGGUGAUGGUGGUUUUACUCUGUUGCUGGGCAGCUUUGGUGGCUGUUGAUGAAGACUAUGUCAUGUAUAAGGACCCUAUACAGCCGCUUAACAUCCGGAUCAAGGACCUGAUGGAUAGAAUGACUCUAGCAGAUAAGGUUGGGCAGAUGGCACAGUUGGAUUCUUCGGCCAUCACACCGGAAAUCAUAAGAGAUUACUCCAUUGGCAGUGUGCUUAGCAGCGGAGGCAGUACCCCAUCUCUAAAGGCUACUGCACAGGAGUGGAUUGACAUGGUGAAUUCAUUCCAACAGGCCACAUUAUCAAGUAGGCUUGGAAUUCCAAUAAUGUACGGUAUUGAUGCUGUCCAUGGUCACAACGGUGUCUACAAUGCUACCGUCUUCCCCCACAAUCUCGGUUGGUGUAACCAGGUGAAAAUACAGGAACCUGAACUUUUAAGAAGGAUUGGUGCUGCUACUGGUAAAGAAGUUAGAGGAACUGGGAUUGAUUAUGUCUUUGCUCCAUGCAUAGCAAGAUCCAAGAUUGGGAACGGUGCGAAAAUGCAUUCAAACCAUGAACUCGUCGUUGAUUUCCUUAAGAACAGUCUAAACUUCAGGUUCAUCGAUGGCCUUACCUACCUUGUCGUUAAGAACGCCAUUCCGAUGUCCCGAAUCAACGACGCUGUGAGAAGGAUUUUGAGAGUCGAGUUUAUGAUGGACCUGUUUGAGAAUCCAUUGGCGGAUGACAGAUCUGUAAAUGAGCUUGGAAGCCAGGAACACAAAGAUUUGGCAACAGAAGCAGUGAGGAAAUCACUUGUUCUAUUGAAGAAUGUCGAAAAUGCUGACGAACCAGUUCUUCCUCUGUCAAAGAAAGCACCGAAGAUCUUGGUAGCCGGAACUCACGCCAACAAUCUAGGUUACCAAUGCAGCGGCCGGACAAUCACCCGGCAAGGACUCAGAGGCAACAACCUCACAACCGGAACCACCAUUCUCGAGGCAGUGAAGAAAACCGUUGAUCCAAACACGGAGGUCAUCUACAACGUAAAUCCAACAACCGAUUACGUCAAGGCGAACAACUUCUCGUACGCAAUAUUCAUUGUAGGAGAAACGCCGUCCGCCGAGUCCAAAGGCGACAACCUGAACCUAACGAUCGCCGAAGGAGGCUCGGACACGAUCCAGAACGUGUGCAACUGAGUUAAGUGCAUCGUUGUCAUCGUCUCUGGCCGCCAGCAAUACAUGUCACAGUUGGACGCGCUGGUGGUGGCGUGGCUGCCGGGAACGGAAGGGGAGGGCGUGACGGACGUGCUACACGGAGAAUAUGGGUUCACCGGAAAGUUAGGGAGGACGUGGUUGAAGACUGCGGAUCAACUUCCGAUGAACUAUGGGGAUGAGAAUUACAAUCCGCUUUUUCCUUUAGGAUUUGGGCUUACAACUGACCCUCUAACAAUAGACAGUCUAGGGGUUUUGUUUAGAAAGAAAUAG